GCCCCAGGCCAGGGCAAAGUCUCCUUGCGUCGGGACCGGACGGCUGCGGCGGAGAUGGGGUCGGUGGGCCCCGCGCUGCUCUGGCUCCAGCUAUGCGUGCUCACCCAGGCCACCUACAAACUCUGGGUACCUGACACCAACUUCGACACCGGCACCAACUGGAGCCAGAACCGGACCCCGUGCGCCGGUGACACCAUCCGGUUCCCAGCAGACAAGAUGGUGUCUGUCCUGGUGCGAGGGAGCCACACCGUCGGCGACCUGCUCCUGCCGCUGGAUGGGGAGCUCGUCCUGGCUCCCGGGGCGGGGUUCGGCGCCGCGCACGCCCACGCAGUCUCGCAGCCGGACUGUGGCCAGGAGUCGAGGGGCCCUGUGCUCUUCCUCAACCCCGACCGCUUCUCCUGGCUCGACCCACACCUGUGGCGCUCUGGCGACGAGGCGCCCGGCUUCUUCUCCGUGGACGCCGAGCGCGUGCCUUGCGUCCACGACGAUGUCCUCUUCCCGCGCAACGCCUCGUUCCGCGUGGGGCUGGGCCCCGGCGCCCGCCGCGUGAGCGUCCGCAGCGUCUCUGCGCUGGGCGAGACAUUCACGCGCGACGAGGACCUGGCCGCGUUCCUGCAGUCACGCGCCGGCCGCCUGCGCUUCCACGGGCCGGGCGAGCUGCGCGUGGGCUCCGAGGCCUGCACCGAUCCUUCCGGCUGCGAGUGCGGCAGCGCCCAGACGCUGCCCUGGGUCUGCGCCGCGCUGCUCCAGCCUCGGGGUGGCCGCUGUCCCCCAGCGCCCUGCCACAACGCCCUGCGGCCGGAGGGCCAGUGCUGCGACCUCUGCGGAGCCGUGGUGUCACUGAUCUAUGACAGCGCCACCUUCAACCUGGAGCGGUACCGCGCAAGGCUUCUGGAUACCUUCCUGGCCCAGCCGCAGUACCAGGGGCUGCAGGCAGCUGUGUCCAAGGUGCGGCGUGACAAAGAAGUCGGCAUCCAGGUGGUGCUGGUGGAGCCCGCUCCCGGGACGAGCAGCGCAGGGCGGCUAGGGCGCGCGCUUCUGGCAGACGCGGCGGAGCACGGAGUAGCCCUUGGGGUGCUGUCGGCAGCGCUGCGGGAGUCUGGUGCACCCCUGGGGAGCGGGUCUGUGGAGGCUCAGGUCUCACCCGCGGCCCGCUGGGGGCUCUGGGGCGGCUUGGCCACCGGGCUGCUGGUGCUGCUGGGGACAGCGUUGCUGUUGCACAGCACUGGCCGGCUCAGGUGGAGGAGACACCAGGAGCCAGAGUCCCAGCCCACAGGGGGGCCCAAGGGCUUCUCUAACCCGACGUUCAGUGCAGCCACCUGGGAGAAGCAGCCCCCAGGGCAGCUGCCCAGCCCAGCACUAACCAUGGACAACAGCUCCUGCUACUUUGUGAACCCACUGUUUGCUGCAGAGGCUGAAGUCUGAUCCCCUGGCCCCCACCUCCUGUGCGGCAGAACCCCUACCUCAACACUGCGCCCCUGCCCUGAGCCUAAUAAAGGGUUUUCUGCACUAGCGUGA